AUGCCAAGUGAAGAAAUAUGGAAAGGAGUUGCACAAAAUUUCGUGAACAAUUUGUCUCCAGAAGUUCUCAGAUAUGCAAAACUUAUUUAUGAGCACACUCUUGGAGAAAAAAAAUAUACCUUUGUUGAAGAGAUUAAUGAUACCAUCUGUAAUGGAUUACGAGCCAUAAAGAAUGCAAUUAAAGAUAAAUGUAUAGUACUAGGAGCAGGAGCAUUUCAAGUUAGGCUUUCAGCUCACUUGAAUAAAUUUAAAAGUUCAAUUAAGGGAGGACCAAGAUGA